GGGUUUGUUGCCAAAUAGUAAGAAAAUAACACUACAAAAAUUGGCAGCCAUUAUUAUCCUCUAAAACCCUAAUAAACCCCCCUCUUCCUCUCACUCCUCCGCAGCUUCUCUCUCAAAACCCUAAAAAAAUGGGGAAAGUGAAAGGAAAGCACAGGUUAGACAAAUACUACCACCUCGCCAAAGAACACGGCUACCGUUCCCGUGCCGCCUGGAAGCUCGUUCAGCUUGACGCCAAAUUCACCUUCCUCCGCUCUUCUCGCUCCGUCCUCGAUCUCUGCGCCGCCCCCGGUGGAUGGAUGCAAGUCGCCGUCGAGCGUGUCCCCGUCGGCAGUCUCGUCAUCGGCGUCGACCUUGACCCGAUCCGACCCAUUCGCGGGGCCAUUGGGAUUCAAGAAGAUAUUACGCAGUCCAAAUGUAGGGCUAGUAUUAAGAGGCUUUUGAGUGAGAAUGGGUCUAGGGCUUUUGACUUGGUUUUACAUGAUGGCUCGCCUAAUGUUGGUGGUGCUUGGGCUAAAGAAGCUACUAGCCAGAAUGCGCUUGUUAUCGAUUCCGUUAAGCUGGCUACCGAGUUCUUGGCUCCCAAAGGGACUUUUAUUACCAAAGUCUUCAGGUCUCAGGACUAUACCGCAGUCCUUUACUGUCUUAGACAGUUGUUUGAGAAGGUUGAAGUGGACAAACCGUCCGCUAGUCGUUCAGCAUCCGCAGAAAUAUAUGUCGUAGCCUUUAAGUAUAAGGCCCCCGCCAAAAUUGAUCCUCGCCUACUGGAUUUUAAGCACUUAUUCCAGGGAGGUAAAGAACCUGCAAAGGUUAUUGACGUACUUAGAACAACAAAGGCAAAACGACACCGUGAUGGGUAUGAAGAUGGGGCUACAAUUCUAAGGAAGGUCUGCUCAGCUUCAGAUUUUGUUUGGUCUGAUGCUCCCCUUGAUAUACUUGGUUCAGUGACAUCCAUUAGUUUUGAUGGGUCUGAGUGUUCUCCUAUAAAGGAACACGCUUUAACAACUGAAGAGGUUAAAUCUUUAUGUGAUGAUUUGCGUGUUUUAGGGAAACAAGACUUCAAAUAUCUUCUAAAAUGGCGAAUGAAUAUUAGAAAGGCAUUAUCCCCGUCAAAGGCUGCGGUUGCUGCAACCACAAAGGUUGAUAGUGAGUCUAAAACUGAUGAAGAUGAAGCUGAAGACGAAGACCAGAAGGUUCUUAAUGAAAUGGAGGAAAUGACAUAUGCAAUGGACCGAAAAAAGAAACGAGCAAAGAAAGUACUUUCAAAAAGACGUGCUAAGGACAAAGCAAGGAAGGCAACUGGCAUGCAAGUAGAUGUAAUGGAGGAUGGUUAUACUGAUCAUGAUUUAUUCUCUUUAUCGUCCAUCAAGGGUAAAAGAGAUCUAGUAGCAGUAGAAGAUACUGAAAAUGAGGAAGAAAUUAAUAAAGUAGUGGAUAGUGAUGAUGAAGAUACAGGUGCAGCAGGUCAAGAUGAUUCUCAAAGUGAUCUGGACUCUGAUGAAGAGCGUAAAAGAUAUGAUGAGCAAUUGGAAGACUUUCUUGAUCAAGCUUAUGAGCGAUUUGUGGCUAGAAAAGAAGGAAGUACUAAACAGAGGAAGCGUCUAAGACAAAACUAUGCCAAGGAUGGUGAAUCUUUGGAGGACGGGGAUGAUGAUAAUGUGGUCCAUUCUGAUCAAGAUUCUGACAAUGAACGGCCUGCUCAAGAAGCAAAUCCGCUUGUGGUUCCCCUUGAUGGAGAUGAGGCCACUCAAGAGGAGAUUGCUGCCAAGUGGUUUAGCCAGGAUGUUUUUGCUGAUGAGGAUGAACAUGAAGAUAUGGACAAGGAUGAUAGUGAAGAUGAAUUGGAAGUGGUUAGACCUGUAAAGAAACCCCCAUCUCCUGAAAAAGGGACCAAGAAAACUACGCAACAAACUCAAGCUUCAAAAACCAAAGAUGAUUUUGAGAUAGUCCCAGCCCCAGAAACAGAUUCGAGUGAUGACUCAUCCUCAGAUGAAUCAGAGGAGGAUGUGGAGACGAAGGCCGAGAUAUUGGCCAUGGCAAAGAAGAUGCUGAGGAAAAAAACAAGAGAAACUAUGCUUGAUGAUGCAUAUAACAAGUACAUGUUUCAUGAUGACGGGCUGCCUAAGUGGUUUGUGGAUGAAGAAAAAAAGCACUCACAGCCAAUAAAGCCUGUAACUAAAGAAGAAGUUGCUGCUAUGAGAGCACAAUUUAAAGAAAUUGAUGCUAGGCCUGCUAAGAAAGUUGCUCAAGCUAAAGCUAGGAAGAAGCGGGUGGCCAUGCGUACUCUUGAGAAGGUGCGCAAGAAGGCAAACUCUAUAUCUGAUCUGCCAGAUAUUAAUGAACGUUCCAAGACAAAGAUGAUAGACCAACUUUACAAGAAGGCAGCGCCGAAGAGGCCCAAAAGGGAAUUAGUGGUAGCAAAGAAAGGGGUACAAGUCAAGGCUGGCAAGGGGAAAUUACUUGUUGAUAGAAGAAUGAAAAAGGAUGCGAGAGCUGUCAAAGCAGCAAGUAAGAAAGGGAAAGGAAAGGGAAAGAACUCCAAGGAUAAUAAAGGUAAAAAGCCUGGAAAAGAAUUUUCAGCCAAAGGAGGUAAAGCUGGGAACAAAAGGAGGUAAAGCUGGUGCAUUGUUGGGGCAAUGGAUCGAAAGAUCUCCCAUGGAGUGCUCCAUGAAUUCAUGUAUUGGGUUUACAAAUUUUUGGUUAUUGAUUGCAGUCCGAGGCUUGUCUUACUUACAUUUACUUGAAUGUAACAAUAUCCGGUAUUAUGAACUACAUAGAAAGCUAUUCAACAUUUGAUAUCCUUUGCCUUUUUGUUUCCAUUAAAAGAAUGUCAGUUUUUUUUA